AUGUCAGGCAACCAAGAUAGCUUUGCUGCUGUCGAAGUGUCUUCAAUUGAAGCAUUGGAGGCUUUGCAUGCUCGAGCAACCAGACUCCUGAGCGAGUUCCAGUCAUUCAACGACUACCUUCGAGAAAAAGGCAAGCAGGAUGAAGUGGAGAUGAGAAUCUUCCGAAGAGGUCUCCAAGCUGAAUGCGAUGGUCUGGACAAGGUGAUCUCGGGAAAACUGACGAAUGGCCAUAAUGUAAACGAUGUUCCAGAACAGGAAGUCGAGGGCCGACGUGCACUUCUGGUAAAGACAUCAAAUGUGUCGCACUAUGAAAUAUGGUGGUCUCUUGCAAAGACAUGUCGAGGAGUGAGAGGCCUAGGAAGGAGAAUUGGCGUGCAACCGAGCAGCAACGAGGGAAGGUCAAGGGCACAGAAGCAGAAUCAAGUCCAGGGCCAAGAAGUCCAGGUUGACAUCAUCGCCGACGAUGGGCAGGAAUGGAUCAAGAUUUCCACCGUCUCGGAGAAGCGCCUGCUGUUUGAAAUGGCCAAGGAAGGAUGGGAGCGUUAUGAUGACAGCUCAGACAGUGAAGCAUCCUCAGCCAUCCUGCCCAAACUCGAGCUCCUCCGCCUUGCAGGGGCUCUACACGCCGCUGCGCGCACCACACGCGUCCGCUACCAGCACCCACGCAUCCACUUCAUCCUCCCUAAUCUCCCUUUGGACGCUCAUCCCGACGUUUCUGUUCUCCUCACCGCGCUCCGCGCCACCGGUGCCACCGUCUCCAGCGGUUCCAUCCCAUUGCCGCCCCCUGCAGCACCUCUAGCGGACGCAUUCACGCACAUGCUCCCCUCCCCACCGCACCAACCUCCCCUUACGCCCUCCCUCUCCCUGGACACCUCCAUACUAAUCGCCCUCCUCUCUGACCAAUGCCACACGCCACCCUCCGAACUCUCCUCCCGCCCUCUGACCACCUCUUCGCACACCUACCACGCCGCCAUCCAGCAGCAAAUGGCGCAAGAGGAAACCUCGCCGCUCCUCCCCGGAACCCUGUACCCGCUGCUCUGUGAGCGCAGCCUAGUCUGCACCCAGGCCGCCGCCGCGCGCGCUCGCGAUAUCGUCGACACGAUGGGCACAGAGUCGGAGCGGGCUCGCGCUGAGGUCGUGCUGGGCGAGGGUCCCUGCGCGGGGAAAGAGGGAGGUGAGCUCACGGCCGCGCUGCAGGACUUGUCGACAUACGCGCUACCCGUGGGGCUGAGGCUGCCGGUGCGCGUGGUGGGGAACGUGGGCGUCGAGGGCGUGCUAGAUGACGCAGCGGCGGUGCCUGCACAUCCGGGGUUUCCCGUGGAGGUUGCGUGGCGUUUGGUGCGAGGCACGAAGCUGAGCGCUCUGAAUGAGAGUGUACUGCUGCAUGGCUGGCGGGAGGGCGUGGUGACGGUGACGAGCAAUGGGGUGGCGGUGGGCCAGGUGGAAAGGGGAAUCAAUGCGGUGCUGGACGAGAUGGAGAGGGUUGAGGGGAGGGAUCUGGUUGGAUUCGUGGCGCCGAUGUACUGGGUCGUCCAGGAGAGUCGCAGUUUGGUUGGGAAGGAGAAGCAAGGUCGUGGGGCGAAGCAGGAGAUGUAA